GGGUAUGCCUUGUCCAGGGACGGAGCAGUGCGAUUCUCGAACGUAUGGUACAAGGUGAACAAGCAAGAGGUGCCCUUGAAAGUCGUCUGGCUCUCCGUGUCCGUGGCAUUCGCCAUGGCUCUCACUUCACUGGGGAGCCUGGUGGCAUUUCAGGCGAUGCUGUCGGUGGCGACGAUCGGGCCGUACAUCGACUACGGUCUGCCCAUCGUCUUCCGUGUGACCACGGCCCGGAGGUCCUUCGUCCCGGGGCCAUUCAACCUUGGGAGGUACGGCCUCCUAGUCGGCUGGGUGGCCGUCGCGUGGGUGGCCACCGUCACCGUGCUCUUCUCCCUGCCCGUGGCGCACCCCGUCGCUGAGGACACCUUCAACUACGCGCCGGUCAUCGUCGGCGGCGUGCUGCUGCUCAGCGUCGGGUCGUGGGUGCUCCAUGCUCGGUUCUGGUUUCGGGGGCCCAUCACCAAUGUCGACGGUAGCGGAGAGAAUCCCCCACUGGGAUUUCAUUCAUAGUUGGCUCUUAAUAGCCAUGAUGGUUUACAGAUAUUGAUUUUAGUAUUUUGAUGUGUGUGUUGUGGUUGAUGUAAUAUAUGCACGAGCACGAGUGCACCACCCAUGUACAAGCUAUUUGUAUAUGAAGGUCCUUCAUGUCUUCA